AUGGGACGUCCGAAGCGAAACGUUCUGGCGGCCGCAGAGGCUGCCCUGACACCCCCCGACACUCUCGAGCCCAACCAAUCUCUCGUCCGCGUUGUCAAGCCUGAAGGAAAUAACCUGUACACCUGUGAGCUUCCAAACGGCAAAACCCUUGUGCUGGAACUGGCCCAGCGAUUCCGAAACACCAUUUGGAUCAAGCGUGGCGGGUUUGUCUUGGCUGAACGAUACGAAGAUGGCAAGGAGGAUACUCGAGCAGAGGGAGAAAUCGUCAACGUUGUCCGUGAUGAGAAGGCCUGGCGUAAACAGUCUUAUUGGCCCAAAGAAUUCGUCAAAAACACAUACGAAAUGAGUGACUCCGAGGACGAAUCCAAUGUCGGGAAAAUGCCCCCCAGUGACUCCGAAGAUGAGUGA